UAUAAAACAGCUUAAUAACGGCAAAUCAUUUCUUGAAGUGUUUAAAAGCGUGCAGUUUCCGCGAAAAUGCAGCAUACCGGAUAUUGCGGAACACGUAAAAUACUCCCGCGUGCGAUUAAAACAAGCGAUACUUUAGUGCGUAAUAACUUUAAUAUUAGGUGUCACAGUUUACUUUAGGCCGUGACAAAUCUGUUAUGUCGCGAUUCUCUCUAUAAUUAAUAGCACGGAUAAUCGCUUUACCGGAAAUAAUAGCCUAGUUGUACCACUUUGAAAAGUAGGUCGAUGAAGGAAAACUGGUUUUUAGAUUGUAUUGGUUGCAAGCCAAUAUCUGAGAUUUUUGGUCGAUGUGGUGAUGUUUGCAGAUUUAUCGCUAUUUCUACGCAGUAGGCUACAUUUGGCGUCCUCCGCUCAAUUUUCUGACAAUUGACGGUCUUGCUGGCUGAAACAAUAUGUAAAGAUGCACCCGAUUUCUUGGGAAGCAGUGAACAUAAUUGAGGAUUUUAUUGCGCGCGUUGGAAGCAGUCCAGCUCAUUGAAUACCAUGGAGCUCCUGGAAGAAGACCUCACCUGUCCGAUUUGCUGCUGUCUUUUCGAAGACCCGCGAGUCCUCCCCUGCUCGCACAGCUUUUGUAAGAAAUGUUUGGAGGGCAUUCUGGAUGGAAACCGAGGUCCCACGUGGAGACCGCCGUUCAAGUGUCCGACUUGUCGGAAGGAAACCCUGCACAAUGGCAUCCACAGCCUUCAAGUCAACUACUCCUUACGUGGAAUCGUGGAGAAGUACAAUAAAAUAAGGAUGUCCCCGAAGAUGUCGCUCUGUCGACAGCACAGCUGCCAGCCGCUCAAUAUAUUCUGUGCCACGGACUUGAAACUGAUAUGUGGGUUUUGCGCUACAACGGGGGAUCACAAAGGGCACAAAUUCUGCGCAUUGGAAGAGGCUUACCAACAAGAGAAAACCGCCUUCGAAGAACUAUUCAAACGCUUCGAAAACUGGCGAAGCGCUGAUGUGCUGUCCUGUUUGGAGUCUUUAGAAGCCAGCAAGAAGAAAUCGUUACAGCUGGUUACCAAAGACGCCGAAAAGGUAACCGAGUAUUUCGAUAAGUUGAUAUGCACACUAGAUUAUAAGAAAAACGAGAUACUUUCAGAUUUUGAAACGCUGAAGUUGGCUGUGAUGCAGUCGUACGACCCAGAGAUAAACAAACUGAGAGCGGUCCUGGAUGAACAGAGGCGAGCCCUCAGCAUCGCCGAAUCGUUCAAAGAUGUAUCCGAUCCGCUCUGUUUUCUCCAGCAAAUGCAGGAAUUUAGGGAAAAGCUGAGGGUGAUUCGGGAAACUACACUGCCCUCUCGAAGCGACAUGGAUGUCGGAUCCCUGAUGAAAAACUUUGACGUAAAGAGCUGGGACUCUGUGAUGCUCAGAGAUGUGGACAAGCUCGCGGCUCCGCACGAGGACGGCGCCUACGGCUCCGCCAGUGUAAGGUUUUCCAAAGCGUUGUGGGGACUCUUCGUUUUAGUUUGUCUCGCACUGUCUGCGCUGUUGUUUGUGGAGCCGGCCGACCUCUCUCUAAUUUCUGCCCGUGUCUCCGCAGUCGGUCACUCCUACUUACCGGCGACGGUAGAGGUGGCCAACUACGCUGCAUUUUGCUGGAGCGAGGUGGCUAGGGUGUGUCUGUCUCUCUAUGAGGUAUGCCAGAAGUGUGUCCUCUGUCUGCUUAAUGCAACUGCAAACUUAAUUUGCUGUUGCAAGCUGCUUUAGGUUUGUUUGUCAGUCCAGUAGCUCGCUCUGUCAUACGUAUGCUUGUGCGUUUCCUAUUCCCCUUUAAAGAUAUGGAUCGCAAAGUUGUCACUACAAAUAGUUUUUUGCUCUUACUUUCCCAGGCAAAGUGUUCUUAUUUCCUAUUUCUGUUAACGAAAGUAAUUAAGGAGGUUUGCGACUCUUAUGAGUGGGUGAAGAAUCAUCUGUAAAUCCCUCGAAUUGCUUCUUGACAACACCUCGGUGCUCUUCAAGAUUAUAGGUAUGCGGUAUAUUAAAUGUACAUGUAGUGAUACGCCAUAUACGUUAAUCCAUGUUGUACUGACAUCGGGUUUUCCCUGCGGCAGUAACUUUUCUAAUUUGCACAAUAAAAUUGUUGUAUCUGUG